AUGAAUACAUCCCCACCCCCAAUGGAUUGGACGGCUGAAGCAGCUGAUGCAGAUCGAUCCAUUCACUUAAGCAUUGGCGGCGAACCUGUUGCCGGUGGCGGUGCAACGAUUGCGCUUGAUAAUCCCGCCGACGGGGAGACCGGCUUGAGAUAUUCAGGCGCGUCUCCCGAACAGGUCGACCAGGCUGUUGCGCUAGCGGCAGAUCCGGAACGGGGAGCCGCGUGGUGGUCAACGCCGCCCGCAAUGCGCGGCCAAUGCCUGCAGAAACUCGCUGAGCUGAUGACCAAAAACGCCUCCACGUUGGCUCUGAUGGACUGCAUGGAUGUCGGCAAACCGAUCUCGGCAACUCAGAUGGAGCCGCAUAUCGCCGCCAGCAUGUGUCGUCAUUUUGGCGAACUGGCGGACAAACUUUACGCCGGUCAGGUUGCAGCCAGCGAUCCCGGUUGCAGUGCUUACCAUGUGCGAAAACCCCGCGGCGUAGUGGCGGCCAUUGUGCCCUGGAAUUACCCGCUGAUUAACGCCACCUUAAAGCUCGCGCCAGCUCUGGCGGCGGGAAACUCUGUAGUGCUUAAACCUUCGGAAUUGUCUCCAAGCUCGGCGUUGUUGCUCACCCGUUUGUGCUCCGAUGCGGGUAUUCCUCCAGGUACGGUGAGCUGCCUGCCGGGAGAUGGCGUUACCGGCGCGGCAUUGGCAGAGCACCCUGGCGUCAACCUGAUUAGCUUUACCGGCUCUACAGCUACCGGAAAACAGUUGCUCCAGGCAGCCGGACGCACCAGCCUCAAGCCGCUAAUGCUGGAGUGUGGAGGGAAAUCACCAGAGCUGGUCUUUGCGGAUAUCAAAACCCUGGGGCUGGACAGCGUUGCAGCAGCCAUCGUGGGUGGCUGCAUGCAAAAUCAAGGACAACUCUGCGUUGCUCGCAGUCGCCUGUUUGUGGAACGGCCGAUCUACGCCGAAAUGUUGCAGGCACUGGCCGUCGCGAUGGGCCAGAUGAAACCUGAUCACCCGCUUGAAUCCGCCACCGGCUUUGGCCCUUUGGCCACGGCGGGGCAGCGGGACCGCAUCAUCGGCUUUAUUACCCGUGGGCUCGCCGACGGUGCCCGACUAUUGGUGGAUGGACGCCAGCAAGCCGGGCCCAACAGCAACGGCUUUUAUCUCGGCCCGACCCUUUUUGCCGACGUUGAUUCCACUAUGGGCAUCAUGGCUGAAGAAACGUUUGGCCCGUUGCUGAUGGUGGCCCCGUUUGAUUCUGAGACUCAAGCCAUUGAGCUUGCCAACAGCACCGACUACGGGCUGGCCGCUACCGCAUGGACCUGUGACCUGGGCCGCACUCACCGGCUAAUUGACGCCAUCGAGACAGGUAACCUGCAGGUGCGAGCCACCGCCGAACAACGCUUCGGUGCGGGCUGGGGCAGAGAGAGCGAACCUCAUCGCCAGUCCGGGUUCGGCGUUGAGGGGGGACAGCUUGGCGUUUACAGCUACAGCCGCGUUCAGUCCGUGCAAAUCGAUUAUCCCCUGACCUGA